UAGACAUUAAAUAGUUUCAACAACGGAAGUGUAGGUGAUUAAGAUAUUUUAUACAUUGACACCUAUUUUUAAUAAAAUUUUAUAAUUACAGAGUUCUGAGCAGUUGUGUACAUAUAAUUGUAUCACAAGCUACUAGUUUAAGUGAAUACGUAAUUUCAGGUCAUCAUUUUAUACGGGAGAAUGUUCUAUUUAAAUCAUACUGUGUUAUUUUUUGUGGUUGUGGGUUAUGUUAGUGGUGCAAAAAUUUUGGGUGUAUUCCCUACACCGAUGAUUAGUCAUCAAUUAGUAUUUAGAUCAUUAAUGAUGGCUCUAGUUGAUCGAGGUCAUGAUGUGGUUGUAGUCACAACAGACCCCAUGUAUUCAAAUGGAGAAGGGCCUAGCAAUCUGCUAGAGAUUGACGUCCAUAAUAUAUCUUACUCAGUAUGGAGACAGCAUAUAGCCAAAAUAGGAACAGGAAAAAAUAAAGAUAUAUUAACGCAAGCAUUACCAGGAAAAGAAUUAUUCAACAAUUUGUAUCGGACCCAGAUGACAAGCACGCAAGUGCAGAAAAUGCUCAAAGAAAGAGAUGGUUUUGAUUUAAUUAUCGCCGAAUCAUUCAUCAAACUAAUAAUCGGAUUUAGUUUUAAGUAUGAUUGUCCUGUCAUUCUAAUAAGUUCUUUAGGUGCAACUUAUGGAUAUUACAAACAAUUUGGAGCUCCCAAUCACCCACUGAUUUACCCCAACAUAUUAAGGCAAAGACUCAACAAUCUAACGAUGACCGAAAAAAUUUCCGAAUUAAUCAUUGAUUAUAUAUUUGAAUGGUUUGAUAAGUCAGAUGAAGCCGAUAUUAAUAUUAUAAAUAAAAAUAUUUUCAUCAACUCACCUUCACUAAAGGAGCUUGAUGAUAAAUAUACACAAAUGUUAUUUCUUAAUACACAUCCAAUUUGGGAGAGGAUUCGACCAGUACCUUUAAACGUCAUUCAUUUUAAUGAUCUUAAGGAACAGAAAAUUGGGCCGCUUUCAAAGGAAUUAAGUUAUUUUUUAGAUACUUCAAUGAAUGGUGUAAUAUAUAUUAGUUUCGGAACAAACAUAAAAACAACAUCACUUUCAUCAGCUAUCUUGCAAACAUUUUUCAAUGCAAUUUCAAAAUUGGACCAAAAUAUACUAUUAAAGUGGGAUAGUGAUACAUUGCUGGGAAAGCCCGAUAAUGUUUACAUUGCAAAAUGGUGGCCACAAUCAGCUAUUUUGAAACAUCCAAAUGUCAAAUUGUUUAUAUCACAGUCCGGCUUAACAUCAUGCCAGGAGGCAAUUGCAGCAGGAGUACCAAUUAUUGGUAUUCCGAUGAUUUUUGAUCAAUGGUUCAAUAUUGAAAAUAUUAUUUACUAUAAAAUUGGCAAGAAUCUUGACUUUAGUACGCUGAGUGAGGAACUACUUAUUGAUACCAUAACCACAAUCAUUAAUGAUAAAAGCUAUCGAGAUAAUGUGAUCAAACUACGAAGCAAUAUGAUGACUCGAGGGCCUAAUAAUGAACUGGAACGUGCUAUUAUGUGGACUGAAUACGUCCUAAAACAUGGAACUGCAAUACAUCUUCGUGCUCCAGCUACAAACAUAUCGUGGAUUCAAUAUUAUGAACUGGAACUUAUAUCGAUUUGUUUUGUAUUCAUAAUUGCAUUAUCAUUAACGAUGUUAUGUUUUUUAAAAAGAGUUUUGUUAAUCUGCUUGAUUGCUAUCAAAAAGAAAUAAGAGUUGAUACUUUUCAUUUAUUUAUUAGUUAAACAUAUAUACAUAUAUAUAUUUUUUACCGUUUAUUAUCGA